UCCUGUUGAGAGAAGAGCGCACCUUUGCUGGAGGAGUCCAAAAGACAUGCAUCCCAAGGUGUUUGCCUGCCUGCUGCUAGCCACCCUCAUAGCCACUAGCGUCUCCAGAUCCAUACUCACAUCCCGUCAGGUUGACAGUCAAUCAAAUAAGCAUAGGACAUCUGUGCCAGGACUGGAGGGGACACAGAAGAGUAGCAAUGGGCGGCUCAUCCGACGGGAAUGGCCAGGAGGACUGUCUUGGGACCAAAAGCAUCUGAUCUCCCAGUUCCUGCCCCACAUUUAUGCAGCAGAGCUUGCUGGGAAGGAGAAUUCUGUGCAGAUGGCUGAUGGCCUCCCCAACCAUGCCUACCCCAGCUGGAUGGAUUUUGGACGCCGAAGCUUAGAGGAUAUGGAUGAAGAUGCCUAA